UUCCCCCGCCAUAGUCUGUUACUGUCGCCUCUCCAAUCACCCUCGUCGACUGCUCUGACUACCUCGAACAAACCGCCACCAUGUCCCGGAGAUAUGAUUCUCGGACGACCAUCUUCUCGCCCGAAGGACGUCUUUACCAGGUCGAAUACGCCCUCGAGGCCAUCUCCCACGCAGGAACAGCACUCGGCAUACUGGCCCAGGAUGGCAUUGUCUUGGCAGCAGAGCGCAAGGUCACCAGCAAGUUGUUGGAGCAGGACACAUCGGCCGAGAAGCUGUACAUCCUGAACGACAACAUGAUCUGCGCCGUCGCGGGCAUGACGGCCGACGCUAACAUCCUCAUCAACUACGCCCGUCAAGCCGCCCAGCGCUACCUCCUGACCUACAACGAAGACAUUCCCUGCGAGCAGCUCGUGCGUCGUCUGUGCGAUCUCAAGCAGGGCUACACGCAACACGGUGGUCUGCGACCUUUUGGCGUGUCCUUCAUCUACGCAGGCUGGGACCCGCAGCGCCAGUUCCAGCUCUACCAGAGCAACCCCAGUGGCAACUAUGGCGGCUGGAAGGCGACGAGCGUCGGUGCAAACAACGCCUCUGCCCAGAGCUUGUUGAAGCAGGACUAUAAGGAGGACUGCGACUUGAAGGAGGCAUGUGGGUUGGCCGUCAAGGUGCUCAGCAAGACUAUGGACUCGACCAAGUUGAGCAGUGAGAAGAUCGAAUUCGCAACAGUAGGAAAGACCAAGAGCGGCAAGAUCUACCACCACCUUUGGAGCGCGGAUGAGAUCGAUGCUCUGCUCAAGGAGCAUGGGCUGGCCAAGCCAGAGGACACUGAGAUGUCCGAGACAUGAGACCACGACGACUGAAUGACACGAUCUGACUUGGUGUAACGAACGAGUCUGCAAAAUGAUAGACCAGGUUCGUAGUAUGCCCUAUAGGUGAGAACCACGCGACAUUUGAUAGCCAAUUCCACCUCAUGAUGACGAUUCGUUUUUUUGUGUCUGUUUGACUGCUCGUUCCUUCCUGAUUUGUCCCCCACACCUCAUACUUUUGACGCAACUGCACCUUCCUCACCCACGUCAUAUCUUUUUCGCGUAGCGCCAAUCUCAUCAUUUCCUCGCCCCUCUCCUCCAACAUCUCGCCAGACUCUAUGCUCUACUGCAUUGCUUAUACUGCAUCGUUGCUUGAGCAUUUCUUACCAGUAUGACCACUCCCCUGCGUCCGUCAAACGACGCCUAUCUCACCAACAAUGGCCCACCGGGGUCUUUCCUCCAACACCUGCUCGACGAGAUCAAUGGCGC